AAAACAAAAAAAAAACAUGCAUCAUGGUUGCUAAAACACGCUCCUUAGGGCGGUACAAGAUAUCAACAGAACUACAUUGUUUGACCAAUUGUUUGACUUUUGACCUCACUCUCCUCACUCUCUCGUGUAUGUAUGGAAUUAUAGAAUCUGUAGAUAUACAGACAAGAAACAACUGCUUCCGCUUCGGCGACGGUCCUUUCUCAUUUCCGUCACCAGAUCGGUCAUAUACUCGCUGCUAAAUCCGACUGCCAUUCCGAUUAAACAUGGCGACGAUUCGUUGCGAUCUGCUACUGCUCUGGUUCAUCAGCUGUUGCGUGAUAUCGGCGCCGAUGGUAUUCUCCGAUCUAGUCAUCUCUAAGGUUGAUCGGCGGAUUGAUUUGACAUCGCAGAUUGUGCGCUCCUUUACAACCCUAAAGGUGGAAAAUGAUGGGGCUAAUAGUGUUUCUGAGAUUUUGCUACCUUUACCGGAUCACCAGGCGAAAAAUUUGGCCUUUUUGAUCGCGAUUGUUACUGAAGAGAAAGGGAAAUCAAAGUCAUAUUCUGAUGUCCUUUCAGUUAAAGUUUCAAAUCCGGAUGGGAUGCCCCCGUCGCUAACUUGGUAUUCGGUGUCUCUACCAAAGGAAUUGGGCAAAGGGGAGAGGUUGAGUUUGGAGAUCAGGGCAGCCUUCACCCAUGCCCUGCGACCGUUCCCUGAAAAAAUCUCUCAAGCUGAUGCCCAACUUGUUCUCUUCCAGGAUAGUGCAUAUUAUCUCUCCCCUUAUGCUGUCAAGGGGCAGUCGCUUACUAUCAAGCUACCCCAGCCAGUGCGAGUUGAAUCAUACACAAAACUUGAGAAUACAAAGCUCACUGAAUCAGAACUUAAAUAUGGUCCUUAUGAGAAUCUUCCAGCUUUCUCGUACAGACCUAUUAUGGCUCAUUUCAUGAGCAAUGGACCUUUUGCCGUUGCUCAAGAGUUGGUGAGAGAGAUAGAGGUAUCACACUGGGGUAGUGUACAGAUUACGGAGCAUUACAACCUUAUCCAUGCUGGUGCUCAGAGCACCGGCGAGUUUUCCAGGUUGGACUAUCAAGCUCGGCCUCACUUAAGAGGUGCAUCAGCGUUUAGGCAUUGUAUUGCCAGAUUACCCCCUAGAGCUCACUCUGUUUACUACAGGGAUGAGAUUGGCAAUAUCUCGACAUCGAGUUUAUGGGGCGAUGCAACAAAGACAAUCCUUGAAAUCGAACCCAGAUAUCCAAUGUUUGGUGGCUGGAGGACUGCUUUUACCAUUGGUUAUGGCUUGCCCCUGCAUGAUUUCUUGUUUCAGUCCCAGGGGAAGCGUUUUCUAAAUAUCUCUUUUGGAUCACCAAUCAAUGACCUUGUCAUUGAAAAUCUCAUUGUGAAGGUUGUUUUGCCGGAGGGAUCUAAAGACAUUUCCGUAUCCACCCCAUUUCCUGUCAAAGAAUCACAAGAGGUAAAAUUUUCCCACUUAGAUUUGGUGGGUAGACCUGUGGUUGUGCUGGAGAAGCCAAAUGUUGUCCCGGAGCACAACCAGUAUUUUCAGGUCUAUUACAGAUUCGGCAAUUUGUCAUUGUUCCGGGAGCCACUGAUGUUAAUCUCUGGGUUUUUCUUCUUUUUCGUUGCCUGUAUCAUCUACAUGCGUUCUGACUUGACGAUUUCAAAAUCCUCCCCUUCUUAUCUGGCAAAAUUGCAAUGGGAUGAGGUACAAUCCGUGGUUCAGCAGGUUCAGGGAAUCAUCAAUGAAUGCUUAGCAAUCCAUGAUAAGAUGGAAACAUCAUUACGUGAUCUCUCGAGGACUGGGGAAGUUCAACCUUGCAAAGCUGUUCGCAAAGCAGCUGACAGUUCUCUGAAGGAGCUUUCCAAGGACUUGAAGCCUUUACUGUCAUUCUUACAAUCCUCUGGCCAGGCUGCUCAUAUUCUGCCGAAGGUGGAUGAACUAAUCGGGAAGGAGAAAGAACUCCAGGAAAAGCUGUUGUUGAAACACUCCACGGUAGUGGAAUCAUUUGAGAGAAAGUCUGGUGGGAAGGAUGCUGAUAGCCGGGUGGCGACGCUCCAGCAAAAGAUCACAGCCUUGAGACAAGAAGUCGACGAUCUUCUUGAAUUGCUGGAUGAGAUCUAAUCAUAAACCUAGGAUCCCGAGGCUCUAAUUUUGUUGUAAUCGAGCACAUUGUUGUGGGGAGGUUUCUUUUUCUUUUUGUGGUAAUGGAUAGUUUUGAAUUUUGGUAUAGUUGAUUAGCAUUUCUGAAUUAGUUACAAGUCAUCAGCUGAUCUUUAUUAGUUCUCAGAAACAGAGGAUUUAUGAGGGGAUGAAGGUCAGAUUCUUAAGAGAGGUAAUUAGUUCAAGCUAGUGUCAUAUGCUAUGCGCAGAGAUCUUGGUAACUUACCUACCAUAAAAGAGUUAAAAAACCAGCCUUCGCAAGUCUCACAACACAUGCCAGUUGCAGAUUGGAAUUGGAAUGUCCAGGGCUUUUGGCCCAACGGAUCGAAAGCCAAUGAAAAUCAUUCUUUGGACUAGAUCCAUGGAUCGGUAAAUUCAUUCAGGAGCAGCAUGUCCAUACCGAUUGAUGAACAAAUUAGUUGAAAUCCAAUAAGUCUUCUUCCUCAUACUUACGGAACGACAUGUUUAUUGUCCAAUUUGAUAAUAGUAUAUUACCAAAUUAAUUGCUAAAAUUAAUUAUCUAAUUUUAUCAUAGUAUGACCGUCCAAUUAAUAUGAUAAUU